AAGAAAACAAAAAGUUUAGAGAGAUGGCUCAAGAAAAGUUAGCUGAUUCCUAUGAAAUUAAGGAGCUUCACGGAAUUAGUCCUAGGGUUCGUAUAGUAGGUUUUAGGGAAAAUUAUAAUAAUGACGAAUUUCUUAAUUUAAUUAAACAAAUAAAUAAAGAUGUAUUUUUUUCUGAAUCCAUAUGUAAUGUUUUUAAAAUAUGUACGACAAAAAAAAGUGACAAGGUAUUUCAGGCUGUUGUUCAAUUAGAUAGAGCGACAUAUGAUAGGAUCAUAAAGGUGGGCACUGUUUUUGUGGGAUAUGAUGCGUGCUCUGUAUUUGAUGGUGUUGAAGUAAAUCGCUGCUUUAACUGCAAUGAAUUUAACCAUUCUUCAAAAAAUUGCAUUAAAACUCAAAUUUGUCCCAGAUGUAGUGAAAAUCACUCAGUAAAAGAAUGCAAAUCUUCCACAUUAAAAUGUUCUAAUUGUAUUAAUCAUAAUUCUCAUAAUCGUGGCAACACUGUCAAAUCGGAUCAUGCUGCUUGGGAUAUAUCGGUAUGUUCGGUUUUCAAGAAUGCGUGUGCAAAACUACGGGCAAAUAUUCUCGGCCAAUAGCAAUUAAUUGAUAAUUUCAUAGGUCAAGGUGCUGCUUCUGUACCUGCCCAUCUAACGAUUUUGAACUAUGCUCCUGCAUUGACCCCGCCCGUAUUGAUGGCGCCUACUGCGAGCAACCAAAAUUAUUAUACUGCACCGAGUACCGGACUUAGUAAGCGCUUUUUGAUCUAUUAUCAGAACGUACGUGGCUUGAGAACAAAGACUGCAGAUUUAUUAAAUAGCACCUCUGCGUGUUGGUAUGAUCUAAUGGCGCUUACUGAGACAUGGCUCGAUUCGUCAAUAUCUGAUGGUGAGGUGGUUGCGGCUGUGUACAAUGUCUUUCGAGCCGAUAGAGAUUUUCUAAAUACGGGAAAAUCACGAGGUGGGGGCUGUCUGAUAGCCGUUAAUAAAAAGUUUAAUGCUUUUAAAAUAGAUGUAAAUCAAAGUGUUGAUCUUGAACCCGGUAUAGAUAUUGUUGGUGUUAAGAUUGUAUUAGAUUUCUCGUCAAUUUUAGUUUUUGCUGUAUAUCUUCCUCCUCCAGUAUCUCCUGAAACUUUGGAAAAUCUGUUUGAGUGUCUAACAUCCCUUGACUGCAUUUUUGGUAAUAAUAUUUGCAUAUUGGGUGAUUUUAAUCUACCUAAUUACGUUAACUGUAACAAUUCUCAAGAUAAGCAUAUUUUAAUACUGCAAAACUUUAUAACUUUUCUUAAUUGCAAUCAAAGCAACUCUAUACAAAAUUCAAAUAACAGAAUUCUUGAUUUGGUCAUAAACAAUAAUGAAAAUUGCAUAGUGGAUAAAUCUUUGGAUCCGUUGUUAACCGAAGAUACUCACCAUCCUGCUCUUGAUAUUUCGUUAAAAUAUUGCCACUCUAUGAAUUUUAAGCGUAAGACACUUUUUAACCUACAAAAUGCAUUUAACUUUAAAAAAGCUAAUUUUCCUAAUUUAUAUGAUGCCUUUUCAAAAACUGAUUGGUCAUUUAUGGAAGCUACGGUUUCUGUGGAGCAUCAGUUUAAGGUCUUUUAUGAUUUAAUAUUAAAGGAAUUGGACAGUUUUGUACCAAAAUAUCCUAAUAUACCUAGGAGAAAUUUUCCACCUUGGUUCACAAAUAGUAUUAUAAGGGAUAUAAAGCUUAAGAGUUUUCAUUACAACAAAUUUAAAAAAUAUGGAAGAACCGAUGAUAUAAACACGUUUAAAUUGUUACGCAAUAAAUCUAAAAGAGAUAUAUCUAAAUCUUACUAUCAAUACGUUUCAAAUGUGGAAAGCAGUAUCAUAAAUAAUCCUAACAAAUUUUGGAGUUUUAUAAAGAAUAAAAAAAAUACAAGAGAUAUUCCUAAAGAUAUGUUUUACAAGGACACUCCUAUAAAGGGCACCCUUGAAAUAGUUAAUUCCUUCGCUGACUACUUUAAACGAUCUUUUUUAAAUAAUAAUUUACACCCUAAUUCUCAUCAUACCCCAAAUAACUCUCUUAAUAUAAAUAUUUCUUGUUUUUCAGAACGCGAAGUACUCAAUGCUUUAAACAAAUUAAAACCUAAAUUUACAACAGGACCGGAUCUUAUUCCUGCAUUUAUUAUUAAGGACUGUAGGCAUAUACUUGUAAAGCCUUUACUUGUUUUGUUUAACAACUGUCUUUUAUCGGGGUCUAUUCCCGCAUUAUGGAAAGUUUCCAAGGUUUGUCCUGUAUUUAAAAAAGCACGGAUUUUUUAAAGGAAGGUCUACGAGCACAAACCUUUUGCUUAUAACUCAGAAUAUUGCUGAGGCAGUUGAUAAUGGGGAACAGAUGGAUGUUAUAUACCUGGAUUUUAGCAAGGCUUUCGAUUAAUUGAAUCAUAGUUUAAUUGUUGAUAAGC